ACACUUACAACACACUUUUUCUAAAAACUUGUUUGUACUUGCAGUCAUUCUUGGUGUCUCCAAAGCAUAAUGGCUGAAAUCGUCCUCAUCAUCCUUAGCCCUGUCAUAGGGGCUGCAAUUCCCAAAGCAAUUUCACUUGCUACUUCCCUUGUUGGUGUGCAAAUUAGCCAAGCAGUGGGUAACAGCGUGUCAACGGUAAGAAGGAAUUCUGUUAGUAUCAAGGUUUUGAAAACCGGACCGGACCGGCCGGUUGAACCGGUCGGACCGGUACCCGGUCAUGAAAACGGUUCGGUUCACAUAAGAAAAUCGUUUGAGGUCAAAACCGGUCAAAAACCGAUAAAACCGGUAAAAACCAGUUAAAAACCGAUAAAACCAGUAAAAACCGAUAGAACCAGUGGAACCAGAAAAACCACCGGUUCAAUUUCUCAUGCAAUCUUCUUUCAAUUUUUUCCAAUUUCACCCUUCCCAUUCCUUUCUUAUACCCAUUUUAACCUUUAACUUUAACAAAAUUACAAAAUUAUCAACACCAAAUAAAAAAAUCAAUGCCUA